AUGGGAAAUAAAAAGGAUACGCAGAAGGUCAAGGACACCAAGACCAACUUCAGGUGGUCACAACCAAUGCAGAAUUUAUUACUUGAAAUACUUGCAGAUGAGGCUCUUCAUGGAAAUAAUCAAUCCAACACAUUUAAACAUGCAUCAUAUGCUAAAGUAGCUGAAGCAAUUACUGAGAAAUUUAUGACUGCAUGUACUCCAAAGCAUGUGGAACAUUGCUUUAAAACACUCAGAACCAAUUGGAAUACAAUUGCAUUACUUCGUAAUAAGAAAAGCGAGUUUGGAUGGAAUGAUGAUUUGAAAAUGAUCACUUGUGAUAGGACAGUGUAUGAUGAAGAAGUCGAGGCACAUCCAAAUCAUGCACAAUUUCUAAACAAGAAAAUUGAGAUGUUUGAUGAGAUGGCUUUGGUUGUGGGUAAGGAUAUGGCUACAGGAGGUUUUUCCAAGGGAGUAGGUGAUAUAGGUGUAGAAGCAUUGGAUGACUCACCUCCGCUUGUUGAUGUUGAUGUUGAUGACAUAUCCAAAAAGAAGCAAGUUGAUCCCUCACAUGUGGCCUCAAAUGAAAUAAGGUCUCACAGGAAACGAAGUCAUGCUACUAUGAUUGAAGAUGCCAUUUACCAAGAUUUGUCCAUACAACUUGAAGUUAUGAAGAUGGAUGGGUUUGAAGAAAAUAUGCUUGUGUCUGCAUUUGACCAUUUGAAUGGGGAUGAAAAACAAGCAAGGUCAUUCAUGUUGAAAAAUGACAAGCUCUUGGAUAUUGAUUGCAUAAUUUUGGUGGUUAAUAGUGUAAGUGCCAUGCUCAAUUAUGACAGGAAGCUGAGAAAGCUAUCUACUACAAAGGUGUGGGAUGGUAAAACUCAAGCACUUCUUGACACUAUGCGUAUUUCUGUUCACUUGAUGGCGGACAAGGAAGAGGUAGAGAAUCGCAAGUUGCUAGGUGACUGUUUGGUUUCUAGGAAAGGUUGA